AUGUUGACGUCUCCCCCGUCUGCCUUUCGUCCAAAUCCCACUGACAGCGACCAUGUGCGAAGUAGCGUUCGUGACUCCCUGCUAACGCAACAAUCAUCUACAUCAUCUUCACUUUAUCCUCUUACUACCUCAAUCGGGACCGAGUCACCUCCUUCUCCCCUCUCACCGACAACACAUGACCAUGGCGUUGUUAUUCCAGUUCUCGACAUCGACGAACCAAUGAGGGUGCAGGAAUUCAAUGCAGACGACGUCUCAUAUCGUCUUCAGUUGCUUGUGAAGAACAACUAUUUCCUUCCUCCCGCACACUUAAAACCACGUCCAGCCGAUUUUGCACCGUGUACAAACACAUCCAAAAAAGCAACCACUCCUGCAUUUCUGGAUUAUUUCCGAGUUGGAAAAUCCAAAUCUAAACCCGCCAGCCCAGACUCCUUCGAUGGAUCUCCGAUGUUGAGAGUGACAUCAGAUUCUACGACCGUGUCUGGUUACAACCCACGUGGAGUACCUCAAACGUUCCGAUCCCCGAAGAAUGUCCAGCACCUUGCACGUGUGGUUGUUGUCCGUGAGCAAAUGGAUGAUCUUGUCGCUGCUGCAAAGCAAGCGGAGAUAGACUUGAAGGGUCGAGACGUUCCUCCGGACCGCGAUAGGGGUAUGCGAAAACCCAAGGUUGAUGUGUUUGAUGGGAUCAUUGAUCCCACGGAAGCAGUUGACGUGCCUCCCCCGUCAGCCAACUACACUUUAGCCUUGCAAGCUUCGGCACUUCAUGGACUGGGAAUUGAAGACUCUGUGGGCGCAGCCGUGUUAGCCGAGCGCUUGCCUCCCGCAGGUAGUCCUGGACAUUCCAUUAGUCUUGAUCCACGAGAGGAUGCGUGGAGAAAGGCUUUGCUUCAUCAAGCUGUUGGACACUCACUCAACAAUUCAACAGUAACGUCUGUUGUGUCAUUGUCCACGGCUCCGUCUACCCCGACGAGGUCACCGCACCAUCUACGCUCGUCAGAGUCGCUAUAUCAGCGCGCUCUCAUAAACCCGCGGAAAAUGCUAGACAAGAAAAUUCUUGAGAAUCCGAUAGUUGAUCACCUUGAAGAGCCUGAGCCACCAACACACACCGUAGGCGCACCUUCUGAUAGAGAUCUUGUUGCGCGUCUUCCAGCUCGGGAAAAUGUGCGGUUAUCCAGCUAUACUCCUCUCCGAGCAGAGACCCCGGUCCAUCAAACCCCUCUUGCGCCGCCUCCUCGCCGACAACUUGGAGACACUCAGUACUCUCAUUCACAAUCUCAUCUUCCAGCAGGUUCUACAGAGCUGCGCCGAACACUUCGCAAAUCCUGUUCUUCGCCCAUGCUCUCCGAUUUCUAUGAAUCACGGAGAACAUCCAUGAUGAGUCCGCCACUGCUGCCAUCAUUAAGUAUAUCUCCUCCGCCCUCGCAUCGGAUGAGCAGGAUGACCGCACUGACUGGUUUCUCUCGGUUUACGGAUGAUUCGACCGCCUUCGAUGACAUUCGGUCUCGUCCUUCCUUGGCAAUCUCAGUGCCAGCAACCGACGGUGGGCGUCGGCCAUCGUUUUCAGAGUACUCUCAACCGUCUCCAACUGCGUCCGCCUUUAGGGAUAGAUGGUCAAAUGGCUAUUAUUCCCAAAACUUCCAGUCACUUCCCAUCGACCCUUUGUCACACUCACGAGAUUCCUCAAUGUCGCCGCCUGCCUCAAUUCUUCCUCGUUUCUCUACCAUGUCCCCACCACCUAGACCUUCUUCAUCGAUAGUAGGCAUUGCUCUGUCACCUCCGCCGCAUCGUUCUGGGAACAAUACCAACCAGCCCAGACCUUCACGACUCCAUGAAGCAUUGUCGCUCAAUAAUUCGUCCUCUAGCCAAGGCACUUUUCACUCUUUUAAAUCAUUUUCUCCCAUGCCCAGCAACAGUGGUACCCAAAGUCAUUUGCCUCUGCCGCUUGAAAUCAAUGUCUCUAUUGACAGCUUUGCGUCUGGCAUUCACUCUGCGCCACCUCCCUCAUCGCCAGCCACCUUCUUUGACCACAUCCAGAACCAUCCGAAUGCUAUGGACGACUUGGACGAUUCUGAGGAUAGUAGAAGUGACAUGGACCAAGAUAUGACUGUGUACCGAGAUCCUGAAAACUCUCCCCAUCCAUCACUUAUGCAUUCAAGCAAUCGCUCUAGUCCCAAUAUUGCUAGGAAUGAGCUGCAUUCUCAAGGAAGCCCAACCGAGCGGCACAAGCCUGUCGGCAACAUCCUGCAAAAAACUCCAUACUUUACAGAUGUCAAGGCGUCGCCAAACUCUCUCACCCAUCUCACGCUUACGCAGCAUUCACAAGAACAUCUCACAGUCGACACCUCGGCACCGCAGCAGCCGGACACAUCUGGAUCCGAGAAUGUGCGUCGCUGGCAGAAGGAGCAACAAGCACUGGCCGAGUCAUCGAAGAGAUUGGAUGGGAUGCUGAUACAACAUAUGGAGGCUGAGAAGGAUACGUUGAGGAGAAUUGCGCAGACUGCGAAAGUACCCAAACCUUGA